AUGGAAAGAUACCAGUCGGUCACGCUUAGCGGCGACAUCAUGAAGGUGAAUAAGAUUCCCUUCAUGGUAACAAUCAACACAGCCAUUAAAUUCGGCACAACGGAAGUCAUUAAGAACCAAAAGGCAACAACCAUCAUGACCGCCAUCACGCAUGUCUACAACGUGUAUAGAGGACGCGGCUUCAACGUGAAAGACAUGGGAAUGGACGGCGAGUUCGAACCACUCCGUGGCAACCUUGCAUCCAUCGGCAUCACCCUCAACACAGCAUCACGUGAUGAGCAUGUUCCUGACAUCGAGCGCAGGAUACGGACAAUCAAGGAGCGGGCAAGGUCGACAUACAACACCCUGCCAUUCAACAAACUACCUGCACAAAUGACAGUGCAGAUGGUGUACCACAGCAACUUCUGGCUGAACGUUUUCACUCCGUCUCCAGGAGUGUCUGGGCUAAUCAGUCCACGUGAGCUGAUGACUGGCCAACGAAUCGACUACAACAAACACUGCAAGCUCGAGUACGGAGCCUAUGCACAAGUCCACGAGCAGCAUGACAACUCGAUAACUUUUAGGAGCGAGAGCUCUGGAUCCCGUCAGAGAUAG